UUCCCGCCAUUGUUAUCUUUUGGGGGAGACCAGAGGUUUUUGCUACAUGAGCAGAACUCACUGAAGUCUCAAACCCAUUUCUCUGUCUUGGUAGCUGUAUCUGAAACCAUUGCCUUGUCUGCGAGCUCUAAGGGUAUGGGAUGGGGAUUCAAGGGCUUUUACCGCUACUGAAAUCGAUUAUGGUGCCCAUUCACAUCAAGGAACUGGAGGGUUCUUGUGUGGCUAUUGAUACCUAUUCUUGGCUUCACAAAGGUGCUUUGUCUUGUAGCAAAGACCUCUGCAAAGGCUUACCCACCUCCAGGCACAUUGACUAUUGCAUGCAUAGAGUAAAUCUGCUGCGGCAUUAUGGUGUCAAACCUAUGCUUGUCUUUGAUGGAGGUCUUCUACCAAUGAAGAUUGAACAAGAGAACAAACGGGCCAGGGGGAGGAAGGAAAAUCUUGCCCGUGCUAUGGAGCAUGAGUCAAAUGGAAAUUCUUCUGCUGCUUAUGAGUGCUAUCAGAAAGCUGUUGACAUUUCACCUUCAAUUGCGCAUGAGUUAAUCCAGGUGUUAAAGCAGGAGAAUAUAAGUUAUGUUGUGGCUCCUUAUGAAGCAGAUGCUCAAAUGACCUUCUUGGCAGUCAGCAAACAAGUUGAUGCUGUUAUCACAGAGGACUCAGAUUUGAUACCAUUUGGAUGCCCCAGGAUUAUUUUUAAAAUGGACAAAUUUGGGCAAGCUGUUCAGUUUCAGCAUUCCAUGCUACAACAGAACAAGGAUUUGAGUUUUGCUGGAUUUACAAAGCAAAUGAUUCUUGAAAUGUGCAUUUUGAGUGGCUGUGACUAUCUGCAGUCAUUACCAGGAAUGGGACUGAAAAGGGCUCAUGCACUUAUAAAACGAUUUACAACAUACGACCAGGUGAUAAAGCACCUAAGAUACAGCAUUUCUUCGGUUCCACCUCUUUAUGAAGAAUCAUUCAAGAAAGCACUACUGACCUUUCAGCAUCAACGUGUUUACGAUACAAUUACCGAAAAAAUUGUUCAUUUGUCUGACAUUUCUGAGAAUCUUGAGGAUGAUGGGGAUUUCUUAGGGCCAAUGAUACCUCAAGAUAUAGCUAAAGGUAUAGCUGAAGGUGAUCUUGAUCCAUUCACCAAAAUGCCAUUUCAGGGUACUGCUAGUGCCAACACAACUUUCAAACUCAAGAAUUUUGAUCUUGGAAGUGUAAAGAAAAAGCUAGAUUUGCCUGUACAGAAGAAUCUUCUGACUCAGUACUUCUGCUUUGCUUCUGUUGAGGCGAAGAGAAAAUUUAGGGCUCCGCGUUUCUCCCCUAAUCAAUCCAGUCCAACUUGCAACUCUUCUCCCAAUUCCAACGAACAUGUUUCUGAGGGUGAUGAUUUCUCCGAAAAGAGCUGCUCGGAUACACCAUCGCCACUUCACUCUGAUAAUGUGGGCAAUCUUUCUCUCCCUGGUGCCCCAGUGGAUAAUGGUGUUGCCCCUGAAGUUCAAGAGCUUUUAGAAUCUCCAAAGCAUGACAUGGCGAACAAAACAAGUCCAGAAUAUACUUCAUUGCAGAAACCGAAACAUUCGAUCCAUAAACCUUGUCUAGCACAGCAAAAGGAACAUGAUUUUGGGAGUGUCCCCGAUGCAAUUGAGGGAAAGGUAAGAAAAGAGAACAGAAAAGUUAUUGUAAGGAGUUCAUAUUUUCAGCAUAAGUCAGAGGAUGAGAAUGAUCUAGAAAAUAAGCAAAACACUUUGAUAGAGGACAAUCCGGCGGCCUAUGUAGUUUCUGAGAGUGCUGUUGCCAAUGGCUACUCUAAUACUGCCAAUCUAUUGAAAAGAAGGGAACACACAAGUGAGAGUGUUCAAGAAGAAAAUGUAAACUCCAAGAAAAUGUGCAUUGCAACCGAUGAAGGAAAAUUUGGUUCCAACAUUUCCCAUUUAGCCAAAUAUUCAGACAUAGCAGAAAAAUCAAUGGAAAAGUUUGUUUCAAUCAUAUCCUCUUUCAAAUUCUCUUCUUCUGGCUCUCGUGCAAGUGGUCUCCGAGCUCCUUUAAAAGAUGCUCGAAAUACUUCCACCAACAGGUCAACGGUUGGUGUGGACUUAAACCAAUUUGCAUAUGUCCCAAAGAAACACAAGAGUUGAUAAGUUUCAUCCUCACGGCUCAACUUGGAGUGUUGUUGUAUUGCAAACUUUCUAUAAUGUCCAUCAAGUGUAAAGUCAAACAUCUUAAAGUCAACACUUUUGGUGACUGAUUACUCAAAGACUAAUUUUUGGAGUUCACAAAGGCCAUUUGGUCAAUCAUCUACUUAGGUGAUUUAAGGUGCUUCUCAACACACAUUGUAAGACUUCAAAAACGACAUUGAUUAAUUUUUUGGUGAAAAUAAUGUCCAUAGCUCUUUCUAAUGUUACUCCUCA